GGUGUUUUUCCUCUAGGGCCUCGUGAAGAUCGACGUGCGAGGGCGAUUGGGCCCGUCUUUUAAGUUUGUGUCUUUGUGUGCGUGUGAUGUUUUUGUUGUUGUUGUGCAUGUGGGUUUACAUUAAGAUGCGGUUUUGCGGGAGGGAAAUUCGAGGGGACUGGAGAAUGCUUGGGUGCUUGAGGUGACGCUCCAGCUUUCUGGUUCGGUGUGUGUGCAGCGUGCGAGGCGAUUGCUCGACGUCGAUACGAUUCAUGCAGCAAGUGAAACAUAUAAUGUGUCAAGCAGCGAAGAUGAGUCACGUAUCUUAUGAAGCGAUGAAGGGCUCCCGUUGCUCCCGGUGGCAAGACUACGCAAGAGAAGUGUGGCAUCUUGUAAAGAUGAUGUUUCUUACAAGUCUUUUGUGCGCAACGUUGCUGUUGCUACCCCUUACAACCGGUCGAAGUAAAGCUGGUUAUGUGAUGGGAAAAAACGGCACUGAGCACAUUUCACCUUUUCUGGCCCUGCUCGACAAGGGGCAGCCAUCUAGAGUUCAAAUUCUGGAAACCGACUCAGAUAUAAUGAAGAUGAUCAAUGGGCAUUCCACGCUGGAGCUUAAAACAGUGGUAAUUGCAGAGACGGUGGUUCCAUUCGACGAACGCAACCUUCUGAUUGAAUAUGUGAAACGGCAGCUCGAUGCAUCUGGUGUGAUGAGUGAAGAGCAGAAGGAAGCAGUGCUGACCAUGGUCGAUGUGGGUCCAAUGGAGGCUCUAGUCACCAAGGAAGAGAUCGGAGAGAAGGGAACUCUUAGCAACUCAGCAUUCACGGCUCUGAUCAAGAAACACGAAGAGAAUGUUCACUUCAUGCUCAUUGGGGUUCGAGCAGAGCCACGGUUGGGUUGGAAUUGGAUUCCGUCUUCACAGCGCAAUGCAUGGAACGAUGUGCUGUCCCGCGUCGUUGCUGACAAGGUGCACAAAUUGCUAGUUGAGAUCAUCCACCCAUAGACUUGACCAUGCAGGAAAGAACACUUUGUAAAAGCCUGAUUUUGAAGGUUGUUGUUAACGUGGAGACUUGGUUUCAGCUUAAGAAGCUACAACCACCUUGUUUACUUUUUAUAUUUAGUAUUGAACCAAGAUCCCACAUAAUUUGAUGUAAAUAUGGCUUCGAUUUUCGUUAUUUCUUA